GGAAACCAACCAUCUGGUCUCGGCGGCUCUGGCCCUAACGGAGAAAAUAAUCAAGAUAAAGACAAAAAGAAAGAAAAGCCAAAGUAUGAGCCACCACCAAGACCAACGACCAGAAUCGGAGCCAAGAAACGUAAAGCAGCAGGACCAAACGCAGCUACAAAUUUACCAGCCGUAUACCCAACAUCUCGAUGCAAGUUAAGAUACCUCCGAAUGCAACGAAUACACGACCAUCUUCUUCUUGAGGAGGAAUACGUUGAGAAUCAAGAACGAUUACGAAAGGCUAAGGCGGCAAAAGAAGGAGGCUCAUCCACCAUAUCUACAGCAGACCUCGAUUCGCUAGAUAGAGAUGCCGAUGAGCGUAGCAGAGUUGAUGACUUGAGGGGAACACCAAUGGGCGUUGGAACCUUGGAAGAAAUGAUCGACGAUGAUCACGCUAUAGUGUCCAGUACUACUGGCCCUGAAUAUUAUGUCUCUAUCAUGUCUUUUGUCGAUAAAGAUUUACUGGAGCCUGGAGCUAGUGUUUUACUACAUCACAAAUCAGUAUCUAUUGUCGGUGUUCUCACUGAUGACGCUGACCCCUUGGUUACAGUUAUGAAACUAGAUAAAGCCCCUACGGAAUCAUACGCAGACAUUGGUGGAUUAGAAGCCCAAAUACAAGAAGUUAGGGAAUCGGUAGAACUUCCUUUACUUCACCCAGAACUUUACGAAGAAAUGGGUAUAAAGCCACCUAAGGGUGUCAUACUUUAUGGAGCUCCCGGUACUGGGAAAACUCUUCUAGCCAAGGCAGUAGCAAAUCAAACAAGUGCUACUUUCCUACGUAUAGUUGGAAGUGAACUUAUUCAGAAGUACUUAGGUGAUGGUCCUCGACUUGUGAGACAACUUUUUCAGGUUGCCGCAGAAAAUGCACCCUCAAUCGUAUUUAUUGACGAAAUUGAUGCUAUUGGUACCAAACGUUACGAGUCAACGUCUGGAGGCGAAAGAGAAGUUCAGAGAACUAUGCUGGAGCUUUUAAACCAACUUGAUGGAUUCGAUGAUCGCGGUGACGUCAAGGUUAUUAUGGCAACAAACAAAAUCGACACCUUGGAUCCUGCCCUCAUUCGUCCCGGCCGUAUCGAUCGAAAGAUUCUCUUCGAAAAUCCUGAUCAGGUUACGAAACGCAAGAUCUUCACCCUUCAUACUUCUAAGAUGUCCUUAAAUGAGGAUGUUGAUCUAGAAGAGUUUAUUGGCCAGAAAGACGAUUUAUCUGGUGCUGAUAUUAAAGCUAUUUGUUCCGAAGCAGGCCUUCUGGCCUUGAGAGAAAGAAGAAUGCGAGUACAGAUGGAAGAUUUCAGGACUGCAAGGGAACGUGUUUUAAAGACAAAAAGUGAGGGUGAACCUGAGGGACUGUACUUGUAA